ACGCUGUGCGGCCACCGGGCAGCCUCGGCGGGACGGGCGCCUGCCGGUGGCCCCACGGGGGGUCACGGGGGUCUCGUGCUGAGUCAGCAGCCGGGAAAGCCUCCGGCGGAAGGAAGCAGCCGGUGGAGAGGCCGGGCUGCGCUGUGGGGGCGGCAGGACAAGCGGCCUCCGCUCCCGGCACCGCUUAUCCCCAGGGCUGAGCCUUUCCCGGAGAGCGAGGGCUGUCCAAUCCUGGAGCCUGCGCUCCAAAUCCCUGGGGAAACUGAGGCACGAGGGCCACUGCAGAGACCCUGGCCUGCGCUGCCCUGCCCCGUGCGAGGGCAGGGAUGAUCCGAUCCCAAACAUCAUCCCGAUACCAAAUGAUCCUUAGCAAGAGGGCAGGAGGGCGGCGGUGGCGGAGCUCUGAGCCUGGACACACCGUCCGGUCCCCGGGGCUCCGGCGGGCGCCGGUCCCGGUGCCACGGGCGCCGCCGGUGCUCCCACUGAGGCUCUGCUGUCCUUUCUCCCCGGGUUGUUUUCAUCCCGGCCUGGACGGGGGCAGGCCCCGCCGGAGGCGCAUUGAACUUUCCUCUGCAUCCUUCACCCUCUUGCUUCACCCUCCCGAAAUAGCAGCGCCUGCCUGGAAAACUCUCCCAGGGCUGGCGGGGCCUCCGGGGUGCCCCAAAUCUCCCAGGGCUUUUCCCCAUCCCCAGGGAGGAAUGGGGUGAUUGUGGAGUGCCCAUCCCGACCCCAGAGUCGCGGCCAGCCCCGUUGGGACAGGGACCACCAAACCCCGCUGCCCUGGUCGCCAGCCCUCUGCAGAGAGGGCUUUUCUGGGUUUUUUCUGGGGUUUUCUGGGUCCUGCCAAGGGCUCCGGCUUUAUCCAUCAGCUGACAUUCCUCCGGGAGGCCCCUCCGGGCCGGUGUAUCCUUACACGGUGGGGCCGCCUGCGGAGUGCCACUCCCGGCUCCCACCCCAGAGCCCACCGCAGGUGGAAGAUCCCGUGUGGGUGAUGCAGACCCCGCUGCUCCGUCCCUUGUCCCCUGAGGGUCUUUCCUGACGUGCAGGGCUCAGCAGGGCCAGGCUGAGACCCCCAAACUCAUCACAUCCAUGGCCAGGUGGGCUCCCCCCUGCUUCACCCCCAGCCCAGGCCGUUUCCCCGUCAGCCCCGUCCGUGCCCCGGGGCAGCGCCCCGGCCCCGUCCCUUGUCCCCUGAAUGUUUCCCGGGGAGCAGCGCUCGGCAGAGCCAGGCUGAGCCCCCCCAAACCCAUCACCCUGAUGGCUGAGGCCGCACUGACUCAUCACACCGAUGACCAGGUGGGUUCCCCCCUGUUCCGCUCCCGCCCAGCGCGGGCUCUUCCCCUCCUCCAGCCCCCUCCGUGCCCCGCUGAGCUCCUCCGCCGGUGCGGGACCCCGGUGCACCCGCCCGGUGCGGCGGGGCAGGUCCCGGCCGGCCCCAAUCGCGCUCCCGGGGCUGAGCCGCACCUCGGGGAGGGGCCGGGCCGGGCAGGCGCGCGGAGCGGCGGCACCGGGGCUGGCUCGGCUCGGCACGGGGGGAGCGGAGCGCCGGGCACCGGGGGCUGCGGCCGGGUCCCUGGAUGCCACGGUGCAGGAUGGGCACCACGGCCGUGCUGCUGGCCCUGCUCCCCACGGCCACCGCACAGCCCACGCCACCCCCGGGCUGCGGCCACGACCUCUCCUCCCUCUACUACAACCUCUGUGACCUCUCGGCGGGCUGGGGCAUCGGGGUGGAAGCGGUGGCCAGCCUUGGCGUGGUGACCACCUUCGUGCUCACCAUCGUCCUGGUGGCCAGCCUGCCCUUCGUGCAAGACCACCAGAAGAAAAGCCUGGUGGCCACGCAGGUCUUCUUCCUCCUGGGCACCUUCGGGCUCUUCUGCCUGACCUUCGACUUCAUUGUGGGGCCGGAUUUCUCCACCUGCACCUCCCGCCGCUUCCUCUUUGGCGUCCUCUUCGGCAUCUGCUUCUCCUGUCUGCUGGCACACGCCGUGGCCCUCAACUUCCUGGCACGGCGCAACCGGGCCCCGCGGGGCUGGGUGACGCUGGCGGUGGCCCUGUCCCUCGCCUCGGUCGAGGUCAUCAUCAACGCCGAGUGGCUCAUCAUCACGGUGGCGCGGCGCGAGGGUGGCCCCGCGGACCCCUGCCAGCUGGGGGACGCCGACUUCGUCAUGGCCCUCAUCUACGUCAUGGCCCUGCUGGUGGCCGCCUUCGGCACGGCCUGGCCGACCCUCUGCGGCCGCUACGGUCGCUGGCGCAAGCACGGCGCCUUCAUCCUGGCCACCACCGGCCUCUCCGUGGCCAUCUGGCUGGCGUGGACCAUCAUGUACCUGUACGGGAACCGGCGCGCCGGCCACAAGCCCGGCUGGGAUGACCCCACGCUGGCCAUCGCGCUGGUCUGCAACGCCGCCACCUUCCUCCUGCUCUACGUCAUCCCCGAGGUGACGCACGUGACGCGGCGCAGCCCCGAGCAGGCCUUUGAGGACGACGGCUACCCCACGCGUGGGGUGGGCUACGAGACCAUCCUCAAGGAGCAGAAGUCGCAGAGUAUGUUCGUGGAGAACAAAGCCUUCUCCAUGGAUGAGCCGUCCUUUGCAGCCAAGAAGCCGGUGUCCCCAUACAGUGGCUACAACGGGCAGCUGCUGACUAGCGUCUACCAGCCCACCGAGAUGGCUCUGAUGCACAAGGGGACGAGCGAAGGUCCUUAUGACGUGAUCCUGCCCCGUGCCUCCACCAGCCCCAUGCCCGGCAGUGCCAGCUCCACUCUCCGAGCCGAGGACGCCUUCGCGGCGCAGUCCCGGCAUUCCAGCAUCCCCAGGGACACCCGGAGCUGCCAGGUGCAGUCCCCGUACGGCAGGAGCCGGUGGUGAAGCCCCUGUGACACAGCUCCCGCAGCGCCGGCGCGGCCGCGGCUCCUCCGUCCCGCUCCGCAGGGCUCGCCAAGCCCCAUCCCACCCUGACGUGUGAAUCCCACCCCGGCUGGCAGCCAGAGCUGCCUCCUGCCCGUGGGAUGCCUGGACACGGCCCCAGAGCCAGCGCUCCCGCCCGCCCAUGGACCCCCACGUCCCUGCCCCAAGGACUGGCUCCCGUGGGGACACCCCCAGCUGUCGCCUCACUGCCUUCGUGAUGCACAGACACCCCACCUUCUUCCCCGGGCCGUGGAGCCUCCAAAGCUGCGGAGCCCGUGGGACCCCGCCCAGGGCACCCCCAGCCCUGGCCCCGCACUGACCCCCCCCAGCCCUGGGGACCCCGAGCUGAGCUGGCCCCACCGCAGGGCACAGGGGGACACAAAGCUGUCCCCAGCUCUGCCUCUGUUUCCCCAUCGCUGGGGAAGGGGGGUCUGCUGGGGGUCCAGGGGAUCAGUGCCUUGCUGGGGCUGGGGACCAGCCCCCCACAGCUCUGGCCGCCUUCUCGGUGCCUUCCCCCCCUGCAGGGAGUGGGGAGGGAGCUGGGCCCCUCGCCCUCCCUGCGGCUUUCUCUGUUAAAUUUCUUUUUCCUUUUUUUCAGGUCACCCCAAUAAAGGUGGUUUUUCCUACGA